CUUGCUUUCUUCGUCAUGUUCCACACGUCCUUCUACGAGGGCAGCAACGUCAUCAUCUUCCGCAAGCGCAACGUGGACAUGCUGCACAAGGACAGCUCCAACCAGCUGGUAGACCCGACGUUCCACAUGAAAGUCCACCUGAAGCCGGAGAUGAAGCACCUCUGCUUUGAAGGGGAGGCGAGCGACCGGCUGAUCGAGGCGCAGAUCAAGUCGUUCCAGCUCAUGUUCGUGCAUAACGAGUUCGCCAUCACCUUGAACCUGCGCAAGGGAGAGUUCCUGACCAAGGAGUCGUUCCGAGACGACUAUGUCUACUUCAUCCAGCAGGGGGCCGUCGAGGGCAUCGUGCAGGACGACAGCAGCGGGAUGGCGCACUUUCACAGCCUCGGCAACAGCAUCCCCGACGAGAACAACCGGCAGAACCUCCGCGUCCCCAUCCUCUGCAUCUUCGGCUCCGGCUCCUUCGUGCCCGGGUCAGACUUUCUCUAUGACGGGAACUUCAUGAGCCUGCGAGCUCGCGAGGACAACACGCGGGUCGUCUGCCUCGUCAAGCGAGGAUGUGCCUUGCGCGCAUACCAGGAGGAAGGACAGACUACAAGCAUGGUCCAGCUCUCCUUUUGCCGCUCUGUCCUACAAGGCGUGCUCAAGAAGCGGGGAUGGUACAACGUAGCCUGGAAGGAUCGCUACUUCGUGCUAAAGGGGCAGAAGCUGGAGUAUUACUCGAGCGAGGAAGCGUUCAAGAGCAACCAGGGCGCCAAGGGCAUCGUGAACCUGCGCGACUGCAAAGUGUCG